GCUCUUUUGAGAGGCACUUAGACCAAAAAUGCUUGUUCGCGAAAUGGAGCCCCCCCGACGCGAUGGCUCGUGAUUUGGCCCCAAAUUUUUCCUGAAUCAACAGACAGACAUUCUUUGCGACUUGCAUCCAGAUACGCCCACCCAACUCAUUCGCCUCCGCCAAAUGCAACAGCCUCGGUGAUACAAACUACGACAGAUAUAAUUCCUAUAUUUCUACAUCUUGUCCUCUCAACUUGAUCUUAGGAAACGUGUAAAAAAAUGUCCGACUUCGGCGGCGAUGAUGAUAUGGGAGGAGGUGGCGGAUACCACGAGGAAGCCGCCUUCGAUGAUGUAGAGCCCGAAGAGAUCUUUGACGAGGAAGUCCCACUCGAUGACGAUGAGGACAACGAAGACGCCAACGUAGUCGUUUCGGGUGACCCCAACGCGGCUGCCCGCGCCACCGGCCAGAAGUUGUCACACAAGGACAAGAAAAUCCCCAACGACAAACGGACGACGACCCCAUUCAUGACAAAGUACGAGAAGGCACGCAUUCUGGGAACGAGGGCAUUGCAAAUCAGCAUGAACGCUCCUGUUUUGGUCGAUCUCGAGGGCGAGACGGAUCCACUGCAAAUCGCUAUCAAAGAGCUGGCUGAGAAAAAGAUUCCCUUGAUAAUCCGGCGCUACAUGCCCGACGGAUACUACGAGGACUGGACGUGCGAAGAGCUACUCCAAUGAAUCUUUUUUUUUUUUUUUGCGGGGUACGUUUGCAAACUGGUGUUUCGAUUUUGGGAGAAGAAAAAGAUUCCGAGCUCUCAGAGCACCAAAAGUAACGUAAUGGCCUGUCUCGGGUUGGUAGUUGUCGUUCAAAGUAUAACUUUCUGCUCUUGAGUGGCACGCAGGCGGACAAGGUUGAAAUUGCAUUUAGCGUUGGCGUUUCUGGAAUGAGAAGACUCACACUCAUACUCAUACAUUCUCUUUAUUUAUACAUCUUCUUUCUGCAGGGUUUGUCUACACUGGCGGAUCAUUGAAAACACAGCUCGUUUCGACUUACCUUGUUUUUGCUUACCCGGGCUGUCACCUUUCAUGGAGCCGACGCCCUUGUCCCACGGUUAGUCAAAAGGUGUUAACGCUUAGUCGGAAUACCGAACGUCAACGUAGGUGUCUAAGUGAGAACCACCUGUCAAAACACUAGCUGCCAACUUCAUAGUCACGUCAAAUGACACCUAGAUGGGAAUAUGUCUCAAUAUAAACAAAUUUCAUGA